CCCAAAUUACACUCGAGGUGAUGCGCACAUUAGUUUUCAUGCCCACACGCGGUGCACAUUAGCCCCAACCAAUCAAAAUCAUCUCUUCCUUCUCCGGCGACUCUUCUUCCGUGAGCCGCCAUGGCCACGUGGAACGCCUCCUCCCUCACGGCGUCUCCUUCCCGUUUCGUCUCCUCGAGGCGAAGAGCGAAGGCUCCACGGAGACGACCCUCCUCCGAAUCUCCACCGAGGAAGAUGAAAUCAAUCGCCGAUAUAAUGGCGAAAUCUGUCCCUGUGCUUGAACAGGAACAAGACGACAGCUACGGUGACGUCACCUGCGAGAAAUGCGGCUCCGGAGAAAGAGACGAUGAGCUUCUUCUCUGCGACAAAUGCGACAGAGGGUUUCACAUGAAAUGCCUUAGGCCGAUCGUGGUUCGUGUCCCCAUUGGACCCUGGCUCUGUGUCGAUUGUUCCGAUCAACGACCUGUGACAAGUUUAUCUCAGAAGAAGAUUUUGCAUUUCUUUCGGAUUGAGAAGCAAAUUGAUCAAACGGACAAAUCGGAGUUGAGUCAAGAAGAGACUAGAAAGUAUCGGAGACGAGCUUGCUCUUUGACAGUGAAGAAGAGAAAGAGAAAACUAUUACCUUUGGUUCCAUCAGAAGAUCCUGAUCAAAGGCUUAAACAAAUGGACACACUUGCAUCUGCCUUAACAGCAUUGGGUAUCAAAUACAGCGACGACUUAACUUAUAUUACCGGAAUGGCUCCUCGCUCUGCAAAUCAAUCCAAGUUCGAGAAAGGUGGCAUGCAGGUGCUUUCGAAAGAGGAUUUGGAGACAUUGGAGCAGUGUCGAGCUAUGUAUAGACGAGGAGAAUGCCCUCCUCUUGUUGUGGUAUUUGAUCCGCUUGAAGGUUACACAGUUGAAGCAGAUGGUCCAAUUAAGGACUUAACAUUCAUAGCUGAAUAUACAGGGGAUGUUGAUUACUUAAUUACUUAA